AGCGCGCUGCAGGGCUGGGGCGCAGAGAUCCAAGCACAGCUCCGCAGCUCUCAGAUCCUGCGCAGGGUACCCCGGGGCUCCCGAUCUCUGGGUUCAGGUUUGCCCAUCUCUGGGCGGCAGGGCAAGGACCCUCUACCACAGCCUCCACAACCAUGGACAACUCUAGCAUACAGGAGCUCCAGCAGCCCUUACUGCCAAGCAUAACCUGUGACCUCCUGGCUCCCAAGUCUGAGAAAGCAGAGCUGGGAAGCUCCUUCCCAGAACCUGCCUUUGCAGAGUCCUCGAGAGGCUGGCAGCUCCUUCUGCCACCUCUUCCUUCAGUGAGCGCUGGCCUGGGGGAGCCUGAGACCCCUGACCUUGAGGACACAUCAUCCAGUGACAGUGACUCAGAUUAUGAUGGGGGCGACCGGCUCUCUCCACUUCUUCCCCACGACCACCUCGGCCUGGCGGUGUUCUCCGUGCUGUGUUGUUUUUGGCCUGUAGGCAUCGCUGCCUUCUGUCUGGCCCACAAGACCCGCCCUAGUUGCCCUUCGGCCCCCACUGUGAAUGCAGAGGCCAGAGGACCAUCAGACCCGUGAGCAGAGUGAAUGAUCUUGGUGCCCACAGUGGUGACGGCGAGGACCACAUCACCCAGAAACGAGUCAGCUGGAGGCCCCCUCCCUUUCCUGGCUACCCCUACCCAGAAGGAAGCAAUGUGAGACAUUAAAGACACCCUGAAGCCAAA